AUGGAUUACGGAGACGAUCGCCCCUCAUGGAAUUGGCAAGUGCAGAGCUAUGACCACCAACCGCAGUCUGAUUUCUCGGAUGUGCCGGAUUGCACGAUGACUGAAGUCGCAUUGAACCAAGAAGAUCAGUCGUACAUGUUUGAUGACAUAGCCACCCCAGUGAAGGCGUGUAGCAACUUGGGCUAUCAUGUCACAACAGAUGAGUCGAACAAGAAAAUGGAAGUGCAAAGUGAAACACGCUCUGCUGUAAAGAGGCGUCGGAUGUUACAUUUCGAAGAACAACCUGCAGAGACAUCUCUUUUCAGCAGUGAGAAUUUCGCUGCAAUCUUGAAAUCAAGCGUGACAACAUUUGAUAGCUUAGGAGGAUGCAUGUGGUACGCUGACUGCUUAAAUGAUGCUGAGACUCCAACCCUACCUGAUGACUUAAGCUUUGGUUCUCCUGAUGUCCAAGUGGAUAUUUCAGAGUAUCUAAGUGUGCCACCAGAACCAGAAACCAGGGAAGUUAGGCGGCCUGUGACUCGUUCUUCUCCAAAUGUUAUCUUCAAAGGUAGGAAGUCUUUCUCAAGGCCAGUUUCAAGGCUACCAUCUUCUAUCAUCUAUCCAUUUGCAUUCAUCAAACCAUGUGGGGUUCACGGCGACAUGACACUCAAGGACAUAAACCAGAAGAUCCGAAAUCCACCAGCAAAACCAAAGGAACACAUAGUAGAGCCUCCGGUGAUCCAAACUUCGGCAUUCUCUGGGAAACCCGUUGUGGGGAAGACUAAAAUCCGCACAGAAGGAGGAAAAGGAAGCAUCACUAUUAUGAGGACAAGAGGCUAA